GUCGCGAAAACGUGCUCGCGCCGACGAGAGCGAUGAUCUGGACCUCUUCCGGGACUUGCCGUUUGCCGAGGUGGCGGAGGUUGACGACCUAGAAGAGGAGGAACCCUUGAUCUGGGAACAGACGGCAUUCUCCACUACUGGUACGUCGUUCGUGGCGGACAUCCCCACCAGGCCCGGGAACGUCGCGGUGCGGGCCGUUUCCGUGAAGGGGAAGGGGGACGUGGUGAUGGUCGUCCCGGCGUCCCACUACCGCAAGGCCGUCGAAAUAUUCCGCAGGCGCCUCGACUAUGGCCUGCCGCCGGCGACAGACGGCAACGAAGAUGAGCCCCACCCUGGUGUCAUCCCCAGCAAGGACGCCCCCUCGUUCCAGCGCGCUAGUCGAAACGACGCCAUCAGGGCUACCCUCCGGACGAAGCAGCCGUACGGCGACGAGCUGCACAAGUUCCUCGCGCUUGGCAGCCUCUUUCACUGGGAGACGCCAGCAGAGCAGACCAAGAUGGAGGCCGCGUUUCCCGAGGCUCAAUCCCCCGAACACGCUGGGCUGUUCAAAAACGCGAACAACAUUGCGGUGCCGAGGCUUGUAGUUAGGGUAGUUCACGACUCGGGAGCAGGGAAGGAUGUUGACCGUAGCGGGCGUGUACAGGCUGACGACAAGGUACUGAUAACUUUCGACGGAGGAGUGAUCGGUGGGGCACAAAGGGGGGCGAGACGUACGGUCGUCCUCGGUUCGGAAGAAGACCAGAGACUGAACACCCCCGAAGUUGCCGCGACAACCGUCACCGACUCCACGAUGAUCAUCCCCCUGUACGACGCGUUCGUGCUCUCGGCCCGCAGCGACACGUUGUACCAGACAGGACCCUGGCUCAACAAGAACGUGGUUGGACUGGCGAAGGUACGAGGCCAACACGGGCUGUCGCUCGUCAAGACGAAGGAGGGGUCCACGCGUGGCGGGGAGCCCUGGGUGUACCUGGUCACUGUCAUCGGCAACUGGGAAUAUUGCUGGAGCGGCCCGUUCUUCGUGGCGAUGGUGACGCGAUGGGGUUGCUUCUCUGGCUACAAGAACCUUGGGAAGCACGACAAGACAACCCGCGGCAUGGAGGUCGGCCGAUCAGGGGACUUCUCGACCCCGGCAACCAAGGCGAUUGCCACGUUGAGGGAGGAGACAGUGAAGCACGCCGCCCACCAGCGGACGAUCGACAGCGGGCGUACACCACUCCGGGGUAACGUCAACUACACCGCCAAGGAGCGAGGGGCGGAAAAGAGCACCAACGAACGCAAGGGGGAAGGCGCAAACUCCUGCAACAUCACCGGCUGCUCGUGCGAGAGUGCCGAGGAGUGCACCUGCGUCGGCCACCAGCACGUGAAGAACGCCUCGGUCGCCGGCGCGGCCGGAACGCUCUACGGCCGCGAAAAGGGGGGCGACGGCAGAUCCACUUCAUCGGAACAGGGGGCUUCUAUGCGUCCCACCGACACCUCAGCGCGGUGGAUGUACCAAGCUGUCGAGGAAUCCCUUCAGGCAGAGGAAGCGACGUGCUCCAAUUGUGGAGAGCCCAGAAAGCUGUCGUGGUUCUUCUACGGUGGAGGGAAGCGCAGGGUGGUGGUACUGGACCACAUGGUUGGCGGCGAAAGUGGCGGAGUGAGAUGCAACAAGUACCCCAACAAACCGCGUGGUGUAUUCACGCCCACCAACAAGAACGUGAAAACGAUCACCAAGGAUGGCCUCCUCAAGGCAGUCGGGAGGGAGGCGAAGAGGGUGGCCAACAAGGCGUCGGGGGGCAAUUAG